AUUUGUUGAAUUUUCUCUCCUGAUAUAUUUGGUUUCAUUCAGGAAAACUUGUGAAAGACAGCUGCAUAAAAGGCUUGGAACGUGUUGUAUCACACCACCACAGAGCACAUGCUCCUGCAUGCCAAAAAUGGAUUUUACAAAUAUCAUUUUAAAAAAAUGGAUGCUUUUAAUUUAUUGUCCUGUUCGAAUGGUACAUGCAAAUUUUCAGAGGGAAAACUUAAGCAUUUUGACCCGUGAAAAGGAAACAAGCCGAAGACCGAUGAAGCACUGUUAUCCCAUAUGACAUGAAAAUUGUCGAGCACACUUAGCUACGCUAAUAUGAACAUCUACAAAAAAAGUCAGAAUCUUUUAAAUUUAUUUACUACUGUAUUUAUUUUGAUUUUGCUCUGUUGCACAAACAUGUUGAAUUCUGAGUACAGGUCAGAAGUGCAGAGAUACUGCAGAAAAUCGAGCCGUUGCCACUCUCACUUCCUUUAUUCCCGUCAGACGGCGGAGCCGAGCAUGUCCCGCGCCUUUCUUCGCCGGCGCCGGCGCCGGCGGCUGCUCCUCCGCCCCUCGCUCCACACCGUCUUUCUCCGCCUCCAUGGCGCCCUGGCGAACCGCACCGCCCCCGCCCGCCGCGACCUCCACAGCGCCGAUGACCAGGCACGCGCGGUGCUCGACGAGAGGCCGCACCGGGACGCCGUCGCCUACGCAGCCACGGCCCACCUCCCGCCAGCGGAGGCGCUCUUCCGCCCGGCGCCCGCGUCCGCCCGCGGCCCCCAUCUGGACGCCAUGAUGCUCGACGGGUACGUAAAGGCCGGCCACGUCGACCGCGCCCGCAGGCUGUUCGACGGAAUGGCGGUCAAGAGCGUGGCGGCGUGGACCUGCCUGGUCUCCGGGUACUGCCGCGCCGGGCGCGUCGACGAGGCGCGCGCUCUGUUCGACGCGAUGCCGGCCCGCAGCGUCGUCUCGUGGACGGCCAUGGCGCAGGGGUACGCGCGCAGCGGGAUGCUGAGGGGGGCGAGGGAGCUGUUCGACCAGAUGCCGGAGAGGAACGUGGUCACCUGGACGGUCAUGGUGAAGGCCUACGCCGACCACGGCCACUUCCAGGAGGCCGUGGAGCUGUUCGACAGGAUGCCCCAGAGGAACCCGUAUUCUUGGAGCGCCAUGAUCUCCGGUUUCCUCCGUGCUGGGAAAGUGGAUGAGGCGGUUCGGCUGUUCGAGAGGAUGCCGGAUAGGAAUGUGGUUUCUUGGACCACGAUGGUCACUGGCUUGGCGCAGAACGGUCGCGUUUCGAUGGCAAGAGAGUUCUUCAACAGAAUGCCGAGAAACAAGGACAUUGCGGCGUGGAAUGCGAUGGUCACUGCUUAUGCCAGUGAUGGCCAGAUGAACGAGGCUCAGAGAUUGUUUGAUUCGAUGCCCGCAAAGAACCUGGUGAGCUGGAAUGCCCUGAUCCAUGGCUAUGCCAAGGACGAGCGUAAGGAUGAAAUCAUUGGUUUAUUUCUUCUCAUGCUCCGGUCAGCAGUAUCUCCUGACAUCACCACAUUGAUCAGUGUCUUGGUUACAGCCAAUAGCACAAUUGAAGUUGGGCAAAUCCAUGGCUUCGCUACCACACGAGGUCUCCUGUCAGACACCUCCUUAGGAAACGCUCUGCUCACCAUGUACUCAAGGAGUGGCGACCUGCGCUCUGCCUGGCAAGCUUUCAAGAUGUUACAAGAGAAGGAUGCCAUCACAUGGACAUCGAUGAUGCAAGCCUUCGCCAACCAUGGCUGUGCCUCCUACGCGCUGCAGGCCUUUGCUCAGAUGCUGCGACAUGGAUAUAAGCCCAGCUCAACCACCUUCACCGCAGUGCUGUCAGCCUGCAGCCAUGCCGGUCUUGUCGACAAAGGCCGGGCAAUCUUCGCAUCAGUUCACCGCUACGGGCUCGAGCCAACAAUCGAGCACCACACCUGCCUUGUUGACAUCCUCGGCCGUGCAGGGCAUGUGAGGGAAGCAAUGAAGAUCGUUGCCGCCAUGCCAUUGGAUACACAUGACGAUGCUGUCCUGAGGACGCUGCUGGGGGCCUGCAUGAUGCAUAAUGAGGUGGAUGCAGCAAGGGAAGUGGGGGAGGCUCUUGCCAAGUCUGACGGCCCCUCUGGUUCAGAUUCAGAUGGCUACUACAAGGUUCUGGCCAAUGUGUUUGGGUCAGGUGGGAGGUGGGAGGAGAUGGCAGGUGUGUGGAAGGCUAUGAAGGGGAGCAAGGUGAGGAGGACGCCCGGGGUUAGCCAGAUAGUGGUGGAUGCGAGGACCCACAUGUUCUUUUCCAGGGAUCAGGGGCAUCCACAGUGUGCAGAGAUAUAUGAGAUGCUGGACGACGCGCUUGUCCCCCAGAUGAUGAAGAAGGAUCGACCGACUGAAACAGUGUGAGCUGAUCAAUGCAGUUGCAAACUUGCACCCGCUGAUCGAUCUCUUUGAUUUUUUUUCCAGGGUAAUCGAUCUCUUUGAUGAACAGGCCCAUUUCAUCCCACACACAAUGCUUUGACACAUAGUACAGAUAUAUGAGAAGCUGGACGACACGCUUGUCCCUCCGCUGAUGGUUAAUUUGAUAAAAUACCACAUUGUACUUUCCUGACAGAAAAGAGGAAUGCCAACCUAGAGCCCUGUGUGCACGGAACUCCUGAAUUCCUGAACCACAAGAAAUCUGGAACUGUUUUUCAGAAUUUAUUGAUUGAUGUAUGUGUUGGUGCUGAUAUAUACACCCAUCAGAUUCCGCUUCUUGUCUGGGAUUUUGGUGGGAGGCAUGUUUGGUGCUGUCGCUUUUGCUGCGGGUGCUGGAGAUCUCACUGGGGUCUGUUGGCAAUCAAUGAAUUCAGAGAUAAAGCAUGAGAAGGGAGAAAAGGGAAGAGCAAAAGGCCAAGAGGAUGUUGCUCUUGGGGUUGAAUGUUGCUGUGCUGUUGUUACAUAACCUGAAGGGAUCUUUGAAAGAUGGUCCAUUGGCAAUAGAUGAACCGGCAUGUGUAGAAGGUGCUGCUGCUUUUCAGUGUACACCAACAACAUUGAAAGCCAGCCCAGGGCCUGUGACUAGAAGGCAACUAGCCGCAGCAUCUCAGAGCCAGGCAGCUACUGUAUUUCUCUUACAAGGAAAUGUAAAGAAAGUGGCCAAAAGGAUGGCCCCAAAGAAGAUGUUGCUGUUGGGCUGAACUGUUGCUGUGGUGUUGUUACAUAAUCUGCAAAGCACAGAACCAGGUUCGUGACCUUGAUUUUGCCGUAGAGAUAAUAGGAUCAGAAAUAGUGCGAGAAGCAGAUGGUCUUGCCAUGAGCUCUCGCAACGUCCACCUCUCGCCUGAGGAAAGGGAGAAG